ACAUGUUUUUGUUUCUCGGCUUUCUUGCCAUCCUCUGUUAUCAUCAGUGUGAAAGUUCUCAUUAUAAAGUACACAUUCCACUUUCUGCAGAGAAUUUUUAUCCACGAUUGAAGUUGAAUGGCACUCUACCAAAUAUGGAGGAAUUUACAUUAUGUAUGUGGCUUAGACCUUAUCAUUUUCAAAAGGAAUAUUCCUGUUUCGUUUCAUACAGUACAAAUCGGUUGGAUCAUGAAAUAGGUGGAUGUUUCUUCAAUUACAGCAGCAAAAUGAACAUUGGUAUUGAAGUUUUAGAUGUAUUCAACACAUUCCAAUGUCAUCAAGUCAAUUGGUAUCCCGGAGGAUGGUAUCAUUUCUGCGCAUCUUGGUUUGGAUCCAAUGGAUAUAUCAGAGUAUUUAUUAAUGGAAACAGAUGUAAGCUCGAUGAUGUUGGUAAUGAUGUUGCCGGAAAUAUAGAAGGUGGUGGAAUAUUUGUUAUUGGGCAAAUGCAACAUGGUUCAGAUUCUGGAUAUGUCGAGGAUCAAGCCUGGCAUGGAGAUAUUGUUGAUAUUAAUAUGUGGAACGAAGUUUUGAAAGAUGGACAGAUCAGAGAAGCAUACAAAUGUGAUGGAAAAAGAGAACGGGGGAAUAUUAUUUCCGGAAUGAAAACUUCAAUGACUGCUUUGGACGUGAUUCUUUCUGAGACUGAACUUUGUAAAUCAUGAUA